AAUGCUGAAGCGGUAAAGGCUAUUUGGUAUCCUAGCAACAAGAAAACAAAUAAAACCCAUACACUUACUGAGGGACGUCUACAGUCGAAGCCACUGAGUGUCGACAUGUCUGCAGAUUGGGUGGCAUUGCUGCCAAACAGCCAGUCAGAAGAUGGUUGCUUGGUACAGAGCAAGCACCUCUCUAGUGAGGCUCAAAAUAUUUUAAGCAUACUUGAAAACUGCAUCAGUAAAAUUGAGACUGCAGCAGCUCUGCCCGCUCUCCUCCACCUUAACAGUAAGUCUGAGAUUGUUGACAAGGACUUGAGCAAGGCACUUGAAAAGCAUUGGAUUUUAGUGGAAAGACUGGAGAAACUAGAAAGUCUCAAGCAGGAGUCCGUUGGAGAACAAAUAAGAGAUGCCAGGAAGGGAGGAGAGAAGAAAAGAGCUCAGCUUGGGAAUGAUCUCAAGAACUCUGUCAGGGAUAUUCUUCGUUAUUGCCGAGCCCAUUCAGAUGGCAUUAUUGGCUUGAGGGUAGAACUAGAUAUAAAAAUAGAGGAAAAUGAAUACAAAUUAAUAGAAGGAUUAAAGGUGCUUCAUAGCCACAUGGUAGAAAAGUUUCUGAUCAGCCCAGAUGAGGAGCUACAGCUCAUCACAAACCAGAAAGAGUUUUCAUCCUCUGCAAAAGAUCUGGAGAAAAAUAUUUCACUGGAGGAAGAAGAAGUAGCUAAAGCUAUACAGCAAGUAGAUGCUGAGAUUUCCCAGAAAGAGAACACAAUCAAACACUUGGAAAGUUUGCUGCAGGCAUGCAGCACUCAAGAAGGCGAUGUGUCAGAUGAUAACAUGUCACCUGUUGAAGACAAACAGGUCCAGGCACACAUUCAGGUGUCAAAGCUGAAGCAGGACCGUUUACAGCAGGAAAUUGAUCAACUGAAAAUUCAGCUCAAAAAUUUGAUGCUUGAAAACAGACAGGCCGAGAGAUUACUCCAAGAGAAAAAUGAAAAGAUGCAAGGGAAAAUUGACUCCUUAGUCCAAAAGUUUGACAACGAAAUAGGAGAAAUCCAGGCCAAACUGGAGGUGAAUGAAAAUGCUUAUGAAAUGGAGGACAAUGAGCGGAAGAAGUUUGAGAAACCCUUUUCUACCCUGGAGAUGGAGUACAAUCAGAUCCAGGAGAGGAGGCGGCUGGCUGAGGAGAAGAGACAGGAGGAGAUCAGAGAGCUGGAGUUGAAGACCAAAGCUGCCAUUGUGGUCCAGGCCUGGUGGAGAGGCUACAGCGUUCGCAAGGCCUUAAAGAAUAAGGCCAAAAGCAAAAAGGCUAAAAGGGGCAAAGGAAAGGGCAAAGGCAAGAAGACCAAAUAAACCAUGCCUUAUUGCAUCAGUGUUUCUUUGCCAACACACACUCCUCUUGUAGAGUGUGAAUGUUGUUUUGUUUUUAAAUGAAGUAUUUAUGUUUCCAACAAGUAUUUCCUGUUUGGUGUGUUGAGUAGUUUCCGUGGCUGUGUUACUUUUAAAAACAAAAGUUAAUAUUUACAUUCUAUUGAUGUUGUCAACAUCAUUAGUCAUUAGACUGAAAGAAAAACACCAGAUAGAGUAGCAGUUUUAUUUGUCAAUGUCAACAAAAAUCAAGAGUUUGGAGUUUGGAUGUGAGUUCAGCUCUGCAUGGGUGUGUUUGAUUGACUUCUGUGAACACAUCUGUAGUUCUUUUGCAGCAAAUGUCCACCACAUGUACACUCCACUUUUCACUGGAAACAGGUGAAAUCAGCCAAAUCAGUUCAAAAGGGGAUCAAUCCACUCAGUAUAAGAGCUGCUGUUGACUCUAAAGGCCAUAGGAGGGCAGUGCAGACCCCUGUGUGCUGAAUGAUGUACAGUACAUUGUUGUUAUUUGGUAGUCAUAGACAGAAAGCAGGAAGUGAACCCCUGGUAUUGCAUAUUUAUUGUUCAACCCAUCAAUCUAGCCAUUCUCUUCCUAAUUAUCCUUAUCCUGAGCAAACCCUGGACGGGCCGCCAAUCUAACACAGGGCUAAGACAGAGAGAUAGGCAUCCAUUCACACUCACAUUCAAACCUAUGAGAGAACCCACGCAAACAUGAGGAGAACAUGCAAACUCCACACAGAAAUGCCCCAGCUUCACUCACUGUGAGGUAACAGUGCUUAAAAUCUAAAAAGCUGUUACACUUCCCACUAGAUUCACAUCAGAAUUAUUAGUCAAGCUCUGAUCAUUAGAACAAGGUGUUAAUGUUCUGUUGGUUACUCACUGAAGUCAGUAAGUGUAUUAAGGUACACUGUGAGGUUAUUAGAGUAGUCACCAAUAUUUAGGUUUCACAGUGCAAGAUAAGUCACAAGGAUCUUAAUACAAGUUCGCUGCCUUUAACUCUAAAGUUCAGUGAACUCAGGGCUAACUUUAAAUGAAUUAUUCAAUGAUAAUUAUGUGGAUUUAUAGGUAAAGAAAGGACAUUUACUUAAAGGGGUUUUGUUUGUUUGUUUCUUUUACAUUCAGCUGUGUCCAGGAUUUCUUCUUUUUAUAUGAAGUGUGACAUGUUUUUUGUCUGUAUCCUUUUCAAGAUAGUUUCAUGUUUCUCUGUCAUUCAUAGCUACACCUCCCUCUCAUUUCACAGUAUCUUCACAUCUUACACCUCAUUUCACAGACGUUUAAGGUCACCAUCCUGAUCUGUCUCAAUCCAAGUAUUUUCUCUGCUGUAUGUUGAAUGUAGUUCUACUUUUUCUUGUUCAUAUUUUUGUUAUACAGGUGAUCUGAUUCAAGAAGCAGACUAGACAUAUGGUGUAUCCAGUGGUCACUGAUUAAAGUUUGGUUAGUUCCUGGUUAGUUCAGAGUGAGUUUUCUCCAGCUGUGGAUCCAGGACAGCUGAUUGUUUUUAGAGUCCUCCAGACUCAGCUUUGGUUUACUCUGAAUAUCUUACACCUGUGCGUUGUUUCUCUGAUAGAGCAUCUGUAUGUCUUCAUACUAUAACACACAUUAGGGUGUAUCCCCAAAAACAAAUGUCGCCAUCUGCUCAGAUCGCAUUAAAAGGUUUUUUUGCUUUUGUCAGAGGCAACUCAUCUAAAACAAAAGCCACCCCUGUUAGUGUGAUUAGUGUAACUUUUUUGAAUAAAAAGAAACUAGGAAGAAGCAGUAAGAUAACCUAUUUUAGACAACAGUAUGUAUAUUAAAGUAGUGUUUAUACUGUUUAGGUCAUCUUUGAGAGAUGAGUCAAGAUUUAGAGCAGCCAGCCAUAACAACCGAACAAUGUUCAGGAGUUUUGGAGCCUUUUUAAAAGUGUAAACGUUUGGGAGCUUUGGAAAUGACAUGUUUUGAAAACAACAGAUUAGUAAUUAGAAAAAUAUUUUUAUGACAGACACUUAGCUUGGUUGUUAGGAAACAUCUUUGACUUCCACACAUGUCACAGCAUGUGAAAGAUUUAGAAUUGAGUUUCAUAGUAACAUGUAGUUAGUUACAGAAACCUUUGUGUUAAAUUAUGCACCAAGUUGAGUUACUUAGUCAAAAGGAAUGAACGAAUUAAGCUAAUAAUUAUCCAAGUGUCUUACAAAAAUAUCCCAUGUAUUCUUCUUCUUCUUCUUCUUCUUCUUCUUCUUAUUAUUAUUAUUAUUACAUGAGGCCUAUCUCCUGCUGUAUCACAUCCCAAAGGUGCUCUAUUGGAUUGAGAUCUGAUGACUGUGGAGGUUAUUUGCAUACAGUAAAUUCAUUUUCAUGUUCAAGAAACCAGUUUAAGAUUU